GUCCCCCCACCCAUCCCCAUGGAGUGACCCUGCGUGGGGGUCUCUGCACCGGCGCGGCUCCCCCCGGCAGCUGGCCCGGCACGGAGGGAAGCUGGCCGCCGCGAAUAUGAGCGACUUCUGGCACAAGUUGGGCUGCUGCGUCGUAGAGAAGCCACAGCCCAAGAAGAGGAGGAGACGGAUCGACCGCUCCAUGAUCGGCGAGCCCAUGAACUUCAUCCACCUGACACACAUCGGCUCUGGCGACAUGGCCGCAGACGAAGGCCUGCCCAUGACUGGCGCCGUCCAGGAGAUGAGGUCCAAGGGCGGACGGGAGCGACAGUGGAGCAACUCCCGGGUCUUGUAGCGUAUUCCUGGCUUUUUCAGCCCAAACUUGAACUGCCUGAUCCCCCAACUGGAGGAGAAGCUGACCUCGAGUGCUUGAACCCCGUGGUAAUUUAUGCAGAGUGAACCUCGCCUGGCUCCCAGUGGCUUUUGGUCGUCAUCCCCCUGGCAAAUCCCUCCUUCCCAGAGGCAUCGGGUUGGUGACGUGGGGAGGGAGCGGGGACGGCAGCCCCCACCUCAUGCCCGACUGGCAUUUCAGCCGAAAGGACGCAGCCACCCUCCCGAAACGUGCCAGGAGCUGCCGGGUGCAGCCCAGAUGUGCCAAAUCCUCCCGGUUUUCCCUUUUUCCAUGCCAGUGUCUCACAUGGGCCCCUCUCGGCACCAGGCCACAGUGCCUCGGUUUCCCUGUGGGAUCGUGGCGAGGCCGGUCCUGGUGUGGAGGCUGAUUUGGUGCCCUCCCGGACACGUGUAGAAGAGCAAAACCAGGAUUAAACCCCGGUGCUUCAGUGUCUCACCAGCAGCAGCUCAGCGCCGACACCAACAAUGAGCCCGCGGUGUCUCCAGCCGGCAUUUCCACCGCCGGCAAACUGCCACCUUCCUUCUUUUUUAGGAUUUUUUUUUUUUUUUCUUUUUUUUUUUUUCCAAAGCUCAAAAAAACUACACAGCCUCUGCCACCUCAGAGGCAGGACCACGGUGGAGUUACCUCUGCCCAGGAUUGCCACUGGGGUUUCACCGGCACCGGCCGAGGCAGGACGGGGCCUGACCCAAGGAGGGACUCGGGCUCCCGAAUUCGGGCGCGGGUGUAUAUAGUUUAAAUAGCGCCGGGAUUAAAUAUUAAAUAGCAUGUGCCGGGCAUCACAACCAGGUGGCAGAGGCUUUCCCCUUCGCCAUGCUCCACACCACGUGGGAUGCUCCUGCACAGAGCUGGGCUUUUCCAGCCCCACGGCACGCUCAGCGUUGGUAAGCAAGUGCUGAUGCUUGAUUAGUUUUCCCUCCUCUGGGAAAAACAACCCUUGAAAUAAAACCCUUGUGCUGGCCCGA